UCAGGAUGGAGGCGGUGGCUCUUUUCUCUUUCGAAGCUUCGGAAGCAGACGAGAUCAGUUUCCAGAAAGGGGACAUUAUCAAGGUGACAGAAAUGGAGGAUGAUUCUAGCUGGGUCACAGCAGAGAUCAAGGGGAAGCGUGGCUACGUGCCAGAGAACUACAUUUCCCUUCUUCAUUAUCCGUGGUUUGUAGGACGGGUGUCAAGACUGGAGGCCGAAAAGCGUCUCCGCUGGCAGGACACCGGAGUGUUCCUGGUGAGGGAGAGUGAAUCAGCUCCUGGAGAGUUUUCUGUUUCUGUUAGCUAUGGUGAGAGGGUGGAGCAUUUCCGGGUGCUGGAGGGGGGCGGUCAGUACUGCAUCUGGGACGAGACGUUCUGCUCCCUGAACCGCCUGGUGGACUACUACAGAACUCACAGCAUCGCGGCGGAGAAACUGGUCUUUCUGAGAGACGCUGCUGCAUCCCCUCACCUGCUGCCCCAUCCUGGACGUAACCCCUACCCCAACCCUUAUAAAACCACCUCUCAGGAGUCCCUCCUCUCUGCUAACCUCUACUCUCACCCCCCUCACCAUGAAAGAGAGUCCUCCCAGCGUCUGCACGAACCAGUUGUGGGGAAACCCCGUCUGGCCCACGCCCUCUGUGACUACACCCCCCCUCACACCGCCCACCUCCACUUCCUGCGUGGUGACAUCAUCGACCUGCUAGACUGCUCGAGCUCUCUGACCUGGAGGGGGCGCUGUCGAGGCCGAGUAGGAAUCUUCCCGCCAGAAUACGUUCAACCGCUGUACCACUGA